GUGGGAAUGACAGGAGGGGAAGGACGUAAAGUGCGAGUUCGUCGUGCACGUUCAACCGAUGCGGACACUGAACCGGACGCUGCUAUCGGGCAACUCAAUGGGAAUGCAGAUCCCAACGCGAAUACGUUUAAAAUUCUCAUUGCUACCGAUAACCAUGUCGGCUAUAUGGAAAAGGACCCUAUAAGGGGAAACGAUUCGUUUGAGGCCUUUGAGGAAAUCCUGCAGCUAGCACAGGAAAAUGAGGUGGACUUUGUAUUGCUUGGCGGAGACCUCUUUCAUGACAACAAACCUUCGCGGAAGUGUCUACAUACCACCAUGACGCUGUUGAGGCAAUACUGCCUAGGGGAACGUCCAUGUCAGAUGGAAUUCUUGAGCGAUCAGAACGAAAACUUCCCAAAUCGGUUCGCUACUGUUAAUUAUCAAGAUCCCAACUUCAAUAUUGGUAUGCCAGUAUUUUCUAUCCACGGAAACCACGAUGAUCCGUCGGGGGAUGGUAGUCUUUGCGCAUUAGACCUUCUUAGCGUAGCAGGAUUGGUGAACUACUUUGGGAAACAAGUUGAGGUGGAUGAUAUCUCUAUAAAGCCAAUUCUACUGCAAAAAGGGACAAGCAAGCUGGCGCUUUAUGGAUUGGGAAAUGUGCGAGACGAGCGACUUCAUCGAACGUUUCAGAAAAAAAAGGUCAAGAUGUACCGACCACAGGAGGAUACGAAUGAAUGGUUUAAUUUGAUGGCAAUACAUCAGAACAGAAUAGCGCACGGCCCCACCAACUUUAUACCCGAGACUUUUUUGGAUGAAUUCCUGAAUCUGAUCCUCUGGGGACACGAGCAUGAGUGUCUAAUAGAACCGGUUCGUAAUUCCGUGCAAGACUUCUGGAUUACCCAACCUGGAUCUUCUGUUGCUACAUCUCUCUGUGAAGGCGAAGCAGUACCUAAGCAUGUAGGCCUCUUGAGUAUAAGCGGCUCGGAAUUCAAACUGGAUCGAAUCCGCCUAAAGAAAGUACGACCGUUUGUGAUGGACGAGGUGAUUCUGAAGGAAGUGGAGGGACUUCGACCGACAGAUCAAAACAUGGUCAAUGAAUUCCUUCAAGACAAGGUGGCGGAGCUUAUUACCAUUGCGAUGAACGAGUGGAAAGAGCUGAACCCUGACGUACCCGAAGUUGAAUGGCCCAAACCUUUGGUGCGCUUGAAGGUGGAGUACGGCGGCGGAUUUACUACAUUUAAUCCCCAGCGAUUCGGACAAGUGUUCGUGAAUCGAGUAGCAAAUCCAAAGGAUAUCUUGCUGUUUUACCGGAAGAGAGCCUCCACCAUUGCAACAGCCAAGAAAAAGUCGGAGCUCGUUAAUAUUGAAGCAUUCUUACCCGAAAAACUGGAAAAUUUCAGGGUAGAGGAUUUAGUAACGGAGUAUCUGAAUGCUCAGAAUUUGGAUAUUCUGCCUGAGAAUGAGCUCGCUGAUGCGGUCAGAAUGUUCGUUGAAAAGGACGAUAAGGAUGCCAUCAAAGAUUUUGUGGUGGAAUCUUUGAAACGAACACGCGUAACAUUGAGCGCUCGCCACCCGUCUGCUGUGGACAAUGAUGAUGCGAUAAAAGAAGAGAUUGAAAAAGAAAAGAAAAAGAGAUUUGAAGAGUUUGCAGCUGAAAGUGAUAGAAGAAAGGCUACCGGAGGACUCAUUUCGACGUCCCGAAAUAAAGCAUCGAAGCGCACAUCCACAACGUCGAACAAAGGGAGCAAUGACGAGGAAGAUGAUGUGGACCGUGCAGUGGUAAUCGAUUCAGAUGACGAUGAUGAUGCGCCUGCAACUGCAGCGAGUAACAACACGAAGAGAACAGCUAAAAGCAAAGCUACUACGGCUAGAGGGCGAGGAAGGGGGCGAGGACGAGGACGGGUUGGCUCAAGUUCAAAAAGCACUCGAAGUCCACUGACGACUGCAAAGGUGGUGGACGACCAAGACGACGAUGGGAUUGAAGAUAUCGACGACGAUAUUCCGGCAUCGGCAAAGACAUCAUCUACUCCUGUACCGACAUCCACCCGGAAGCGUAAAUUACCAACGUCUAUUUCAACGACAAGCCCAGCCCCAUUAGCCAAGCGUACGACCACUACCAGUGGCAAGUCACGUCAAAGUAAACUGAAUUUUGGGGCAUCGCAACAGCGAGCCGUUGUACUGGACGACGAUGACGACAUGACUUUUUCAAAUUUUCGAGAUUCCAUUGGUGCGGGAGCCCGAAGAGAUAGACGUUGAACUAUCGACCUCCAAACAGCCUCAACCAAUAUGGUUCAGCAGGUCAUUCGUACGACCGCAACGUCGGGCGCUUCACAGCAUUGAUACUCUGCUACAUGUGAUACAUAUUAUUGUAAUAAAUUUGCUAUUUGAUUCACAUAGUUCAGUCG